UGGGGUUCCCGCCCCGCGGCCCGCCCCGCUCCGCCCGCCGCUCGACAUGGCCGCCGCGCUGGGGAGGCUGCUCCGCGCCGCGGUGCCCGUGGCUGCCGCCGCCGGGAGGAGGGGGACGGCACGGCCCCUGGCCUGCACCUGCCGCCCCUUCAGCCUCGGCUCCUCGCGGUUCGCCGCGGCGGUGACCCAGCACGCCCCGUCCUUCAAGGGAACGGCCGUGGUUAACGGAGAGUUCAAGGAGCUGAGCCUAAAUGAUUUCAAGGGGAAAUACCUGGUUCUCUUCUUCUACCCCCUGGACUUCACCUUUGUCUGCCCCACGGAAAUUGUGGCUUUCAGCAACAAAGCAAAUGAAUUUCGUGACGUGAACUGUGAAGUGGUGGCUGUUUCAGUGGACUCUCAUUUUACUCAUCUGGCCUGGAUAAACACACCACGGAAGAGCGGUGGUUUGGGCAAAAUGAAUAUUCCAAUUCUGUCAGACCUCACGAAACAGAUCUCCCGUGAUUAUGGGGUGCUGCUGGAAGGACCUGGCAUAGCACUGAGAGGUCUGUUCAUCAUUGACCCAAACGGGGUCAUCAAGCACCUGAGUGUUAACGACCUGCCCGUGGGGCGCAGCGUGGAGGAGACGCUGCGCCUGGUGAAGGCUUUCCAGUUCGUGGAGACACACGGAGAGGUGUGCCCAGCUAACUGGACUCCAGACUCCCCAACGAUCAAACCAAGCCCAGAAGGUUCCAAAGAAUAUUUUGAAAAAGUGCAUAAAUAAACACUCAAAUAUGUGGACAAAACUCUUACUUUUGUCCACUGAAGACAUUAGGAAAACUGCUGUGAUUGUAAAAAUUAAUAAUAAAAAUAAAAUUUCUCAUUUUCUCAUGUUUAAGAAGAAAUUAAAUUCUGAGAUAUUUACUGACUCCCUUGUCUUGCUUUAAAAGGGUAAAACUAAGGCUUUCCUCCUGUCUUCUGCAACUUCAGUUUCAUGGAUUUCUGUGACCAUUAAUCAUCUUCCUGAAUGUGAUAAGUACUCAAGUUACAAUUGCCUUCCACUGGCUUUUCCCUUUAACUGAUUUUGGACCAGAAAAUGUCCUGCAUUUAGUUUUCUCACACAACAUAAAAUUCUGUCCAAAAAAAAAUUAAAAA